GGAGGAGGUGCCGAGCAGCAGCAGCAGCAGCAGGGCGACGAGCAUCACCGCCGAAGACGCCGCCGCCGCCGCCACAGCGGAGCAAGCUGUGCCCUCUCGCACGAACCCCGCAGCCGGGUCGGCGCGCUUCCCCCGUCGCCCGUGAGCCUGGGGAACCUGCAGCUCAAAGCCUCCGCCAGCCACAGCACCAUGUAUCCCGGGAACAAGCGGAAAAAGGUCUGGAGGGAAGAGAAAGAGCGUUUGUUGAAGAUGACACUAGAGGAGAGGCGUAAAGAAUACAUACGAGAUUACGUUCCUCUGAAAGACAUCCCAGCAUGGAUGGAAGAAAUGAAAAGCAAGACCCAAAGUGAUGAAGAAAACAGCCAGGAACCUUUGCUGGAGAAGAAAAAUCUGAGUGAGAAAGUCUCCCUCUACAGAGGUGAUAUCACGGUGCUUGAGAUUGAUGCCAUAGUUAAUGCUGCUAAUUCAAGUCUUCUCGGAGGUGGCGGUGUUGAUGGCUGUAUUCAUAGAGCAGCCGGCCCCUGUCUGGUCGCUGAAUGUCGCAACCUGAGUGGCUGUGAAACUGGACAAGCAAAAAUUACUUGUGGUUAUGACCUGCCUGCAAAAUAUGUCAUUCAUACUGUGGGCCCUAUAGCACGAGGACAUAUUAGUGAUAGCCAUAAGGAAGACUUGGCAAAUUGCUAUAAGUCCUCCCUGAAAUUGGCCAAAGAGAACCUCAUCAGAUCUAUUGCGUUCCCGUGUAUUUCAACAGGAAUUUAUGGUUUUCCAAACGAGCCAGCUGCAAUCACUGCACUUACCACAAUCAAGGAAUGGUUAAGCAAGAAUUAUCAUGAGCUGUGACCUGUGGCAGAAACU